CAAGAAUCGAUCUACUGGAUUAGGGUGGACAUAUACAGAACAAAAGUGACUAUUUUUAUUCUCUUGCCUCUCACACGAGAGUUUGAGUCUAAAAAUGAAAACAGCUGAAGGUAUAGAGGUAGCGGAACCAAAGACCGACAAGAUACCUUUGGAAAACGAUGGGAUGAAUUCUGGAAUUACACAUGAAAGUCAAUUUCCGAGAUACGAACCACAGCACAUGGGUUAUGAAGGACGUGCCAGGUUAACGAAAGAAAUUCAAGUAGAUUUGUUGGAGAAGGUUGUGGUAUCGCAUGAUACCGUGGUCGCUUGGCCUAUUCGCUUAUCUUCAAUGUGUAUUUUUGAACAGCAGAACAAUGAAUCAUCGCCCCACGAUCAGGAACCUGAUCGUCAGACAUCCCCUUAUCAAACAGAACGAGUGCCUGCAACUAGCCCGAUACCUACAGUUUCUAUGUCACUCCAAGUAGGUAAUCUAGCCAAGUCAACGUUAUUCAACCAUGGCCCAGGAAUUAAUAUCCAAACAUGGGUACAGUUUGACAACUCUUCACCUGAAUGCAAUCUACUGGUUGAAAAUAGAGUAAGUCCCGUGCCUUUAGGCGAACUGGGAGUAGUGUCACCCACUAGUACACCGAAAGCUAAGUCAUCAUCCGAUAAAGAAAAUGUGGCCAAACAAUGGCACGUCACAACAAACAGUCGCGUUCAAACAAAUCUGGUGGACUCUCCAGUGGGGAAAACUGGUGUGCUUGAUGAAAUCAAGGAUGAUACUAAUAAGUUUAGCCCUGUAACAGAUAACACGACCCAACCUCAAGCAAAUCAAAUGCAAUCCAUAGUCAUUCGCGAAUGGUUUUCUGGCCUCGGAAGUGUACCUAAGCAGGAUGGAGCCACAGUACAUCAAGCCUUGCCGUCAUCGACCGAAUCAAGAAAGCAUGACACUCCCACUCUGAUGAAUGAGCAGAAACAAACACUUGAAGAGAGACAAUCUGAACCUCCAACAACACAGGAUGGAAGCGUGGUGGAAAUUAUAGGAAGUCAGACGAUCACUCGUGAGCAGACUUUACAACAAGCGAUAGGAUCGAUUUGUGCUGGCCCAGAACCCACAAAUCUAAUUGUUGGGGAGGUGAAGGCAUCCGACAUAGGUGUAGACCAAACGAAGUCCGUCGCGCUGCAAGAAAUAGAAAAUCAGGCUUCCGGAAUGGGUGGAUUGGAACAAAUACAGCCUCAAACAAAUUCAGGAUUAAGUCUUCGGAUCAUGGCUGACUUGGAUGUGGCAGAGGAUACACAAAUAGAAUUGACAGCCCACGUCAGCAGGCCAAAAGACACGAUGAUGAUACAAACGCCACGGUUGGCAAUGGCAGCAGAAUCUUGUAAGGAACCCGAAGUAGCCCAGUCGGAUAUCAUGCCUGAUCAGGUUGAAGUAAACACCGAUCCAUCGGCAGUGAAGGGUAAAGAAAGCCAUGUGGAAAACGAUCUCGUUUUCACUUCACAGUCGGGUGUCGAACAGAUGGUCACGGGGCAACUAAAUGUCUUAUCCUCGCAAAAUGACCAUUCAGAAUCACAUACCGGAAAGCCGGAAGAGGCUUCUGGAGGUCAGCAAGUUGAUGAGCAAGAAGAAGUCCCUGUAGAGCUAUCGGAGAAACCACCUGUUUACGACAUAGAGCCUUUCGUUGGAAAACCGGAAGAGGUUUCUAAAGGUCAGCAAGUUGAGGGACAAGAUGAAGUUCCUGCAGAGCUCUCGGAAGAACCACCCGUUUAUGACACAGAGCCUUUCGUUGGAAAGCCGGAAGAGGUUUAUAAAGGUCAGCAAGUUGAGGGAGAAGACGAAGUCCCUGUAGAGCUCUCGGAGGAACCACCUGUUUACAACACAGAGCCUUUCGUUGGAAAGCCGGAAGAGGUUUAUAAAGGUCAGCAAGUUGAGGGAGAAGACGAAGUCCCUGUAGAGCUCUCGGAGGAACCACCUGUUUACAACACAGAGCCUUUCGUUGGAAAGCCGGAAGAGGUUUAUAAAGGUCAGCAAGUUGAGGGAGAAGACGAAGUCCCUGUAGAGCUCUCGGAGGAACCACCUGUUUACAACACAGAGCCUUUCGUUGGAAAGCCGGAAGAGGUUUAUAAAGGUCAGCAAGUUGAGGGAGAAGACGAAGUCCCUGUAGAGCUCUCGGAGGAACCACCUGUUUACAACACAGAGCCUUUCGUUGGAAAGCCGGAAGAGGUUUAUAAAGGUCAGCAAGUUGAGGGAGAAGACGAAGUCCCUGUAGAGCUCUCGGAGGAACCACCUGUUUACAACACAGAGCCUUUCGUUGGAAAGCCGGAAGAGGUUUAUAAAGGUCAGCAAGUUGAGGGAGAAGACGAAGUCCCUGUAGAGCUCUCGGAGGAACCACCUGUUUACAACACAGAGCCUUUCGUUGGAAAGCCGGAAGAGGUUUCCAAAGGUCAGCAAGUCGAGGGACAUGAUAAAGUUCGUGCAGAGCUCCCGGAAGGACCACCACUUUACGGUGCAGAAGAACCAUUGGGUGAAGCGUUCGCUCCUUUUGUAGAUACAGAUGAGAAAAAAUUAGAGAGUUCUGAUACAAAAUUUGACAAAAGCGAGGUGCAGUCACCUAGGCAAAGUUACGAAGACCAUAGUGCUCUAGAUAGGCCUCUAAUAACUGAGGCGAAGGAAGAAGUUUGGACAGAAAUCCCAGGGGUACAACCUGUGUUGGCUGAGGUGCCAGGAAUAACUGCACCAGUCAGACAAACCUCCGAAACAGGGGAAGGAAGUGAUCACACCAAGUCUGGACAAAGCGGUAUGGAGUCGCGCAGCCAAACUUAUGAAGAGCAUAGCUCGUUACCAGGCAGUCGGAUUGUUGAAGAGGAGGUGGAAAAAGAGGACAGGGAUGCCAUGGUUGACGAAGCGAUCCCAGGUGUAUCCCCAACUGUCGGUGAGGAAAUUCAGGUAGACGUUGGACAAACAGACGAACCGGACAAAGGGAGUGACCGCGUAGAACCUGAAGACGAUGAUGUGCAUGGACGAAAGCAAAGUCAGGAAGAGAAACUCACUGAGGAUUCAACAUUCCUAUAUAAAGAAGAGGCAAAGAGGCUUUCAGGUCACAUUGUGGGCAAAAUGUUGAAUAUGCAACUAACUCCUUCGGCUGAGAACGAGCUAGCAGAAGAACCUGGGCUGUCAGAAUCAUCGACUGUGCCACCUUACCUCGUAGACCAGGUGGGAACUACUUCCUUUGAAAGCCCGAGUGAACAAGAGAUUAAUCCACAAAAGCCAUUUAUUCAUCAGCCUGAGCCGGACAAGAAUCAGGAAUUUAACUCGCAGCCUCAGACUCGUGACGUUGAAGUGGACACUGAAUUUAUUGGCACUUCCGUUGCAAAAGACCAGCUCGAAGGUCAUGAGGACUCUGAAUGGUCUCAUAGUUUACAUCAUUAUCGACACAGGAGACGUCACCAUUACAGAGGUCUCAGCGGUGAGAAAGCACUUCGACAAACCGACCUUGAACUCCCAUAUGGCACAAAUAAACGACAUUAUAGCACUAGUCGGCUGAAAAGUGGAACAGUUAAGCCACACUCGGGAAAACAACGCCCAGCACGCCCAAUCACUGCAACCGGUGUGCAGGAGGGAGUUCUUUCUAUAUGUGAGAUGUGCGGAACACCUCGAGCACCAAGUGAGUUGGAUUAUCCUGAAAAGGUGAGUUUAGAAAAACCCGGUGUCGAAGAUCAGUCAGACGAAACAAGUUCGACAACACGGACGCUGAGUGAAACGUCAGAAUUGCAAAAGGUGACUAUGACUCUGCUAAACACUUUGACCACUACAGCAGAAUUGCUUCGAAACCAAUACAAGAGACAGAGAGUAGCAAUGAAGCGACAUAAGGCAAGGAAUCAGCGCUCUAAUUCCAGAGAGCCAAGAUCGGAUUUAGCCCAGUCGGAAUCAAAACUGACUCAAGACAAGGAGAUGGGUUACGUGAAAAAUACUAGUUGUGCAGAACCGUACUCACCAUCAGGUCGGCUGUUUAAUAGCAUAUCUUGUAUUACGAAACAACAGUUACACGGGUGCUUAAGAAACACUGGUCAAAAGAUGGGCAACACCAGGGUAUGCAGCAACGAUAAUGAAGAAAAUCAUGCGGUUGUGAGAGGAUGGACGAACACGGAAUGCUCCACAGUGAGAUGCGGAAAUCCAACACUCCACCCAAACCGCAGGCGAGCGAGCUCGAAUGCGUUGGAUGUACAAGGGAAUGAAUAUCACCAAGACUUCUCCACAGCUGUUGACUGGCGCAGACGACAAACGGAGGCAAAACUCCAAUUUUACGGUGAAUUGUCAAGCCCCAUUGCAGAAAAUUACGUUCCACGGACAAUGAGGUAUGACUCUGCGACUCAUCCUAAGCUUCAUUCUACCUGUCCAGCAAAGCCAUGGUAUCCUAACCAUGCAGAUCAGUAUGAGGUCAGCAAGUCUAUAGCACGGACAGGAGCAAGAUCCAGACCGACUAUGGCACCAAAUUUCAGCACAGAAGGAUUCUGUCAAAAGAGUGCUGAGUUCAAUGCUAGACCGAAGCCAACAAUAUUACCUCCAGACGAAACCUGCAAAUACCGUCCCAUUUCAUUAACUUCUACCUUAGACAUCCCCUUUCCAGCAGAAACAAACCGCUCGAAGAUUUCGAUAUCGAGCAACUCCAAAGUCAACUCCAUGCCCACAACUGAUCAGGCCCCAAUAAAUUAUCGGUGCGGAUUUCAUACGACGGUGGAAAAGUCCAGUGACGAAAAUCACCGUGGGAAUGUAACAGAAAGCCAUGUUUUUCGUGGUUGUUUGGCUUCUCCGAGCUCAUGCAGCAAAACUGUGCCACCAACUCUAAUCGACUACGGGUUCGAACGUAGUUCCCCAAGAAGUGUCCAUCAAAGUGAACAAUUAAGGACAAAUCAAAGCACUUCAGUGGUUGAUGAAACCGAGUCAAUAAGCUUUUCGUCUCCACAUGUUCUAAGCAUCAAUGAGACGAUCCCGAUGGCACAGGGGCGAAUGAGAGAUAGGCACGAGGACUCAGACGCAGCGAUACCUGGUGACCUAUGCGAUUCUGAGUCCAGUUCAGGACUAUCUACCGUUGGUAUAGGAAUGCAGGGACAAAAGUCAAGUGCAGUUUUCAAUGCGGAGCUAUCGAACCUCAUCCAAAGAACUGUCUCCCAAUCAGGAAACGAUGACAGAAUGAAUGAACAAGUAAGAAGAAGAGAAUGUGCUUGUUCAUCGGUCGCGCCAAAACUGGCCGAGUUAUUGGGUGACUGUUCCAUUCAGAGCAACAAUAAUAGUCCGGAUGAUACUUCGGAUACGGGGUCCGUCUCACCGGAACAGCAACCGUACAGUGGUCAAACCACACAAUCCAAUGUACACGUACGAUCUUCGGGAGAGAUGCCGACGAACACGCAUGAUAUCGAGUCAACAAUACAUCUAGAUCAUACCACGCAAGAACGGGUCGUAUCUCUACCUGCGGGAUACCGAAUCACACAAGCGGGAUUCCGUGAACUUAAAGAAGGUGGAAUAUGUUGUCAUUGGAGGUAUAUGGAGAAGGGAAGUCAUCGAAGACGGACAUUUUCCUAUCCAACGACGAGUAGACCCUUUCGACUGUAUCCCCUGCCACGGUCGGAGCACGUCAAACGAGUAUGCACACUUUGUGUGACCGAUCAACCACACAGGCAAGGCUUGCAAAUAGGUGACGUCGGUCAUAUUCAUAGCGCCUGCUCGGGUGUACUUUUUACUGGUCUGUUCGAUUGUGCACGCGGAUUACUUGGUUUUCCAACAUCGGAAGGUACGUACACACCAUCUGUUGUCGAAGAAUUAUACUUUAAGGACAACACUAACAAAAAGGAACCUGAUUCAUCACAGCGCUUUAGUCCAAUUCUUGGCGAUAGUGUAAAAAUGUAUCGGGUACCGAGUUCAGGGCCACCAGAUUUAUCCAGUCAAAUGGAUAUCAGUUUAGACUUUCAACAGGAAUUCAACGACCAGUCGCGAAGCAGGCUGAGCGCACAAGAGGAUAUAUCACCAACGUUCCGAACUGCUGUCCAAAUGUCUAGAGAGUUGAGGCGCAUCGACACAAAUACCACUACCUACUACACCAGUCUGGAGAAUGCCAUGUCAGCGUUGGCAGGCAUGGAGACUCAUGAAGGUCUUGAACUAUAUCCGUCCAGCCCGCAAGUGCGAAUGACACCUUUCAGUACAAUUACAUUAUAUCAAACUCCUCCAGCUUACGGUGAACAUGACAAGACCCCGACUUCAUGUAGGGAUGCAGUAGAGACCAACGAGAUGAACAUGACUACACAACAAAUUAGAGUGACAUUACCGGACGGUUCACCGCGAAAUACUCAGUGGUUGGAUGUAAUGCCAAACGCAGGCAGCCGAAUAGCUAACGACAGUCUCGCUGUUCAUUCGAGUUGCGAAACUCCAGACAAAUUAAUCACAGGAUUGGAACUGAAGGAUACGGUACUGCCUACGGAGCAACAUAGAAGACAGGCUAGUUUGGAAGUGAGCACACUAGAAUUAGAGCAAAUCAGUACAAGACCGGCAUCAAACAGAGUUUGGAUGUGCAGGGUGGAUAUGGCCGAGACCAGUGUUGUCGACAUCGGUACGUCUGGAAUGCAAUCCUCAGGAGCGUCGGACAAUUUACAAAAUCAACAGGUUACUGAUGAAUCCAAGACAACGCUGAUCAAUUCUUUCUCAAGGAUAACCGAAACCGAAGGGUGUGGUGGUAGCCGGCCGAUGGACAGCAUCAUGCAGGUCAUUCAGGUCACAAUGUCUUCAUCAUCAGGUGGCAGCGAUAUUCAGAUACUGAAUGACAGCAUUCCUAUCGAAAUGCAUUCACCUCUGAACCAAUCGAAAUCCGACAACAAAUGCAAGGAAGGUCCAGAAUCAGUAUCAUGCUAUCAUGCAAAUAAAUUAGAGCAACCGGCUGAUGGUACAUCCGGCUAUAUGAGGCAAAUAGAAACAUAUACAGCGCUCUGCCCUUCUGAGAUGGCCAUUUUCAGUGGACCCACGACAUGCCAACCGAGUUCCAGGACGGAGGAUGCAAUGAUCACACAACCAAAUGAACACCCAGCAGUGAACCAUGAUCCAGAAGACGAUGAUGGGGCGAGAAUACACCACAAAUGGCAUUCAAAAACCGUCCCUGCCACCACGGACAAGGCGAAACACGGUUUAGAAGAAGGAAAUUAUGAAAGAGCACCGACGGAGGGAGGAAAGGAAGACAAUAACGAGAGAGACCCUGGGACAUCACCGCCACCGUUACCACCAAAACCAAGUUCAGUACUGACCGAAGGCGCCAACGUACAAUCGCCAAUGAGCGUGGAAAUAAGACAAGAGAUCAUAAUUCAUAGCCCACCCUUGUCACCCGAUUUCAGUGUAACGGUUGAAACGGAUAUUCAAGUAACGUCACCACAACCAAGUAGCAGUGUGUAUUACCCUCCAAGACCACAUGAAAAACGACUCAGUAUCAACUUGAUUAAGGCUGAGAAGUCCGAAGAAGGGUCAGCGAACGUGGAAUGCGUAGAUGCGUUUGAAGUGCAUGGAUCGGGGUCGGCAGAGAAUACAGAGGCAAACACAACUGAACUUCACAAGGAUCGAGAAACGACCACCGAUCAAAAAGCAACUGUGACAGGACUUGUUCAACGAAAUUCAGAGUGCGCCGAAGUCAUUGAUCAACUUCGUGAAGAGCAAGCAUCACCAGAUCAGGUUGUGCUGGUUAGAAGCAGUUCGUACAUAGAUCCGGGACAAGCGAUAAGGCAGAAUACCGAAUCACAGCUCAACCAAAUGGUCGGAAGAUCAGUAGACGGACUGGUCACUCACAGAGACAGAACUUCUGCAAGUGAAAUUUGUUUGCCGAACGAAAUUGCCAGAAUUAGUGACACAACAGCCAGGGGAAUAACUGAAACGGGUUUUAAUGAUGAUGAGGAACCUGAGAUGGUUGUGUUCAGUACACGGCCAAAAGCAGCUAGCGGACAACCACUCGGGAAAGCGGAAGAAAUGCAGCAACCACUCACAGUAGAGGUUAGUGACAACAGAGCGCAGAUAGGCGAAGAAACUGUAAACUCUGGUCACAAAGAUGGUGAUAUGAUCGAUCCUAAAAAUCGAGAAACCUUGUCCCCUGAGAUCAUAUCCAAUCCAAUACGGCCAACUAUGGAAGGUCCGUUGAAAGUCCCGGAGACUGUCAAGAACCACAAUCCACCUACAACAACUGUCAAUGCUGAAAUGGAAAUGGCUGAGUUCCCACGCGAGCUGGAUUCACAACUACAAGAUGGUCCAACAGCAUCUGGCUUCGUUGGGUUGGAGCUAAACAUCAGAGUGCAAUGCGACCAGUCAACUCCAAUAGAUCAAGAAGGUAAAGUACGGUUACCUAAUAUGACUAUCAAUCUCAUUUCUGGAAACAGUGAAGACGAUAGUCAUGGGAACAAAGUGACAACUAUGUUGACCAGGAAUACCGAACCACUGUUAGAAGACGUGGUCGCCAAGGAAACAAGAACGGAUGCACGCAAUUUGAAAGAAGUAAAAACUACCGAACCAAUGGUGGAAGAAAGCAUUGAUAUUGCGAAGUAUGAUGACGCAAUUCAGGGUCUCGACGUAAAAAUUCAUGUGGAGUUGAACAUGAAAGAAAGGAUAGAGGGGACGAAACCGCAAACGAAGAAAACCACAGAGAUGCGUUGGGAGGGGGGGAAAUGGUGGGUUGACGAGACUCGCCAAACUGUGGCGAGUACUCGUGGACAACUCAGUAGAGAUAAAAUGGUUGUUCUUGAACCGUCAGAGGUAUCAAAAUUGGAAGUCCUACAACAUACAGAAGAGGCAGACAUGAUCUCCAUGUUCGCAAAUGAAGGCCCAACUGAAGCAUACCCAGUAAUAUUAGAGACAGACGAUGUGGUCGCCAUGGAAACACAGUUGGUCAAUGAGCUAGGCUCUGAACUUGACGAGCAAGAUCAUUCCGAGCUGGAUGAACCAGCUAAAAAAUCACGUGAAGGACCGUCAGCUGGGAAAACGGAAAAAGAUCAACAAAUUGAAAGGGCCAUGAAACCGGACAAAGUAUUGACCCCCAGUCAAGAUGCCGAGGGGAGGUCUAUGGGAGUAGGACGGGCCAACGAAGACAGAGAUUUAGCUAACAGGGUAAUUCUCAUAGAUGACCGGCCUAGAUACCAGCAUACGGCCGAUAAAGCUAUUGAACCUAGCCAACUAACAAAUGGCCCGGGUGAUGCAGAGAUUCAGAAAAGGCCACCGACACCGUUGUUAAGGGUAAUGGUGAAAUCUACAGCUGUGGUGGACCCAGGUCUGCCUAAUCCAACAAAAAUUGACAUGAACCUAGUUACACAAACCAUGCUAACAACUUGUUCGGACCCCACGACAUAUGUUCCAAAUAACCCACUCCUAGAAGCUGAUGGAAUGUAUGCAGUCAGCAUGCCAGCACAUUUGGAACCAAGUAUGGAACAAGUGAACGAUGGUCAGAACGGGCCAAUAAACAUCGAUCUCACAAUGAAAAUAGAAAAUGAUUUUGCUUUGUACCGGGACGGGAAGGCGAUGCUAGCCAGUGGAGGUUUCGAAAUGGAUGCGGAGCACUUUAGUAGACCGGGAGGAAAUGUGCAACCAUCAGAUAUCAACAAUGCCCUAGAAGGAGGAGUGACUUCACCAGAACCAGUGGGAGUUCAUUUUGACCAGCUUCUUGUGAGUCCUGUAAAACCCCCUAAGGCAGUCCACAUCGGCGUUCACCAAACCGCAAAAACUGUGACACCAUUGGGUAGUGAAUAUCCACAACUGUACAAUCUCGAAACUGAAUCUGGAGGACCCAUUGCACUGGUUAUGGCUGAACAGGAUAAACAAACAAUAGAUGAUAGCCGGGAUAGUCCAAUGCAAUUGGAAAAGAGCCUUAGUCUGUUGCCUGAACAGGGCUCCAUUUUGUCGUCCGCAGGUAGAUCUUUCACAGAAGAUGUGUCGGCUAGUCGCAAUUUACUGAAAGGUAACUACGUGGUACAGUGGACUUCGAACGACGGGAUCGUUAUGAGAUCGGACUGUAUGGAGGAAGUAGAUGUCACGUUCCGUGGAAAACGAGAGGGUACCUUUCGAGUUGAUGAUAGGGUCAACUCAAUUGAGCACGAACAACCAGAAGAAACCAAACUGAUCAUUGGCCCUAACAUUAUAACUAAGCUUCCAGAGAAACAGCAGUCAGAUGGAACAGCUGACCAAAUGGGUGCUUCUGAUACAAUAAAAGCACAGACGAGACAGGAGCAAAUAGUUUGUGAGAGCGUGGUCGCGGAAGAACGCAACUUAGAGGGUCAGACAGAUCAAGAUAUAACGUCACCAUCAGUCAGAGCAACCGCAGUGAACGAAAGAUUUCGGUCAGAACAUGAAGUGGAAACGGGGAUUGCCGUUGAUACUAAAGAGAUCGAAGUACUGCUCGACGCGCGCUACGUGCAACCUCCUGACUGUUCGGCGGAUAGAUCAACAACACGAGCAGAAAUCCGUGUAGAAACACAACUGCUUGAAGUUGAAGAAAAUAUGGCAAAGAUGGACGUAUAUGUUCACCUGCAGGAAGUUCCCGAAAACGCUGCACAUGAGUCAGGCUACGGGACCGGAAAGGUGAUGGAAGAUCACGAUAGGCAAACUCCGACUGCACUCCACUUGACUCCCUCAGACAAAUUAGGCGAAACGAUAGAGAUACUAACUCAUGAAUUCGACUUAACCAUUAGUCACCCGAUUGAAGAUGGCAAAGGGAGACCUUCGCCAAGUCUGGAACCAUCUCUGACCGGAUAUCUGCCAAUGUCGAAUGAACAGGAGCGUUGCAAUCCGGUUAUAAAGGAAUACACACAAGCAAGAAGUAUGACGAUGGAAGAUGUACUGGCCAGCAAAGUUAGCGAAGAUGGUAUUAUGGAUACCCAAAAUAUCGCAGCAGAAAAGUUCCCCAGGCGUCACACCCAUGAAGCGUGCGACGAGACAGAGAGCCUAACAGAUGAAAAGAUCAGUAUUUUACUGUCAAUGCGUAUGAGAAAUGGGAGGAGACCAGUACGCUCAUCCAGUACAGGCGCAAAUCACAUCCAGUACAAAUGGUCACCCGACUUAUCUAUUGCCACCAGCUCAGCUACUGGCAGUAGCACAUUUUUGCCUCGUUUUGUCGAUACUGGGGAUGCAAAAGGUUCAAGGAUUCGGAUUUUGCAUUUGACCAAACCACCCACGGAAGACACUAUGGACAGAGAAUAUUCAAGACCGACCAGUCCUCUGGACUGGUCAAUUACCUCUACUAUUCACGCAUCGAACCGGACCAACUCAGAUAGCGCGCUUCCCACUUCAGCAACAGGCUACAAACUUGCAGAGAGAUCCGAGACUCCUAUCCAGUUGCACAGGACCAAAGCCAAAGACGGGCUUGUGCCAUCGAAUCACAACGUGGGUGGGUCAAGUAACAGCAAUUUGCCAACUCCAGCCGGUGGUGCGAACACACCAGGAAGUUCGAAUGGUAUAGGACACAGCCGACCGACAACACCAGUUCACAUUACGAUCUCACAGAAGAUUAAACGCGACGGACAAGUGCUCAGGGACGAAACACGCUCCUAUCUCUUGGACGUGUCCACCGAACCUAAAUCAGUUCUAAGUACGACCGUCGGAUCCGAUAUUCGACCCAAUUCACCAAAUGAGGAAUCGUCUACAAGUGGGUCAGAUGGAAAUCAAACAAAAAUGGCCCGCCAGAUCACAGAAAAAGCACUAAGCACUGCAGUGACAAAACUACAUAGUAGUACACCUACCAUGGCCUCGAAUACACUAUCGAAGGGUGGCAACGAGAGCGCUGAAGAUGGGGAGGUUUCACUUGCUCAGGUUGCCAAGGUGAUGACAGACGGUAACAUUCAUAUAUCAUCCAGCGUGGACAUAGGGGAACAAACAAGGAACCCAAUUACCGUUUCCAUGGGAGCGGUACCACAAAGCAGUGUCCAGAUAGGUCCGACCACAACUGGAUUAAUUUCAACCUCCCCCAUACCAGUCGAAAGAGGCCUGGUUAGCUCUACUAGGCAUGAGAAAGGCGCCAAUUUCUCGUUCAGAGCCAGCAUACGGCUGAGCAGCCCUAUGAGAGGUGGGACCGUUUCCCCAACUAACGAGCUUCUUUCCGGAAGUACCCAAGUAUCGGUGGAACAGGAAACUUUCUACACUGGUCGCCAAUCAAGUGGAUUAGGAACUACCUCAUGGAUGAACAAUGUAACGACAUUAGAGAGUGAGAGUAGAAGAAUCGAACACGAACAGCGCCAGCUCUCAGGUACAACGGAUAUACGGUUGAAGGCGAAGACCAGUUUGACUGUUGGGCCUCAGACGAAUACACCCGGUUCCCCUCUUACUCAGCCAGAAUUGUCACAGGGACCAAAAGCACAAGAAAUCGAGUCGAUUCGCAGAACACCACUAGGUCUGAGUGGGAAACAGGAAAUCUCAGUUGAAGUUCGAAUACCCUCACAACCGAGUAGUCCGACUACCGGAGAGCGAGAAAACAGUGGCUACGACAUACAAACGACCACAAAAACAUCGAUACUAGUCUCUUCAGCGACAGGUCAUGUGGCAAAUGAGCAAUCAGUCGCGAUUCAGGGAGCUGCUCAACCGGAAAGGAUCGGUGGGUUGCGUGCACUUCACGACGAUUUCAGAGUACAGCGGGACACGUCAGUGGAUGCUAGGGCUGGAUUUCACAGCAGCAUACCUGCUUUGGCCAAAAUGAUCGGGAAAACAGAAGCUGGAGAUUUGUCAAAAGCCCCUAGUCCUUCAUCUAAACCAGAUACGUCGUUCUACCCUGACAGAACCGAUGGACUGGCGAGUCCAUUGGAUGGAGGAGCACCUCUUGAACCGUCAGCGGCUUUCAGUUUCCUAACAUCACCACAGGAAACAAGUUCACCCGAACCCACAAUUGAUCUACCCGAGAUUGCAAGUCCUCUGUCAGGCACCACUGAGAGGGGCCAACCUAAACAGGGGGUAUCGUCUGAAAAGCAGCUUGGACCACAACAUGAAGAUAUGACCGAAGAAGGUGGUUAUUUGGGACCAACUGGGAUGAAAAAAGGUAAAGCCGACGAAAUUAGGCCACCAACAUCCCCGGAACAAAAACUGCGUGUUGUGAGCCACGCCGAUGUACUUGAAGAUUUUGUUGAAACGCUGGACGAAACGACCGAUAAAAUAAAGAAAGCAUUCAAUCCAAGGCUGGAGUUGACAACCGAGGUGUUCCUGGAAACUGCUGAAGGCGUCUGCCUGCCAAUUGAAGCACCGGUUCGUACGGUUCAACUCGCACAGCCAGUGUUUCAGCCAGAAAACGAAGACCGACUUCCGGCCGUAGAAUUUAAGCACCAAGUGAUCGUGGGACCCGUUGAGGUGAAUGGGAAAAUUGUGCAAGUUGAACAAAAGAUCGAAACUCAUGUCACGCCAGGUGUAACUAUGCAAACUACGGUGACCAAUGCUGAGUUCAUCAACACAACGGAAGAUAAAAUAUCGCCCCCGACAACCAUUGUGGGUCUGUCAGAAGAACGAAUUCCGGAAGAGACCCCGUCACCAACCACCGAAGCUCCGGUGGAGCAAACGGAAGGUAAGCAGGAAAUCACAGGGCCUGAAGAACCAGCAAUCCCAGAGCCUGAGGGUGAAAUUCCAGAGAAAACGUCCCCACCAGUAGAGGGUCAGGAAGAAGAACAAAUUCCGGAAGAGGCCCCGUCACCAACCAUCGAAGCUCCGGUGGAGCAAACGGAAGGUAAACAGGGAAUCAUGGGGACUGAAGAACCAGCGAUCCCAGAACCUGAAGGUGAAAUUCCAGAGAAGACACUUUCACCAGUAGACGUGGGUCAGGCAGAAGAACAGGAUGCGCAAACCCCCAUAGAGCCCGGUGAAUUAGCUAUCUCGCCUCUUAGUGAACAAACCAUCGGAGAUAGUUUGCUAAAGGAAGUAACCCCUGCAACUGAUGGAACGGCUAUCGUGUCGGAACGAGAAACCGAGGUGGGAGAACAGCAACAGACACAGUCACGAGGACAGGAUAAAUUACAAACAUUCUCGACGGAAUUGACCAUAACAAUACCAGACAGUGUAACUAGGACGGAACUUCAUACACCGAGUUUAACUCUGGAAAUAACUGUCAAAGCGGUUGAACGGGAACAAAAAGACGUAAGCGAGCCAUUAGAGGACAGGAAAGAUGUAUUAACUCCGGAGACAAUGAACGAAAUACCCAUCAAGGAGGUGCGAGAAGUGGCUGAAAUGACUUUUGGGAUGUCGGUUGCUAAGACAGGCGAGUUGGAACACUUGGUGCCAAAAGACCAGACUGAGGAAGCGCCGGAAAUGCUGAGCACACACGUAUCCAGGAGAACGAUCAGUGCAGAGUCUGAAGAACGGGUAUUACAAGAAGACAUGACGGGCACUGCAGGUAUUCAACUGUUGAUGCAAGAACAGGAAAAGGUAGACAGCUACAUGAUAUCGAUAGAUGAUGUUCCAUCCAAGCGUUUGGGAUCUACAACUGACCAGUUACCUGAUACACUGGCAGCUGCUGAUACGAUUCCUUUCACUGAGACAACAAAGGAAAGAGUACAAACCGGAAAAAGAGAAGGACAGUCAGAGGAGAAUACAAUAGUCAUGCAAACAGAUAUGGAAGCGCAACAACCGAUGCAAUUAAAGCGGGAGGUUAGCAAGUCCGAUGCAGAUGUUCACUUGACCGAGCAACCCAGUACAGCGCACGAAGGAAGCGAAUUGGAAGUUCAACGACCCGCUACUCAGACCUCAUCUGCAACGGCUGUUCUAGGGAACAGCACUGCAGAUAUGGACAAGGAAGGCCCCUCGGCAGAGGCAUUGCGACCGGAGGUUCAGCCUAGUCAAACGGAGUCACAUCUACCCACUGUUGAAGAAUUGAAUGAACACCGACAAAUCGGUGAGAGUAAACUUGCUAGUGAGGAACUUGAAGAGAAAUCUGUAACAGAGCUCACGGAAGAGGAAAUUUCACGCCUAACGAAAAAAUCGGCGAACGAAUUAUUGGAGCAGGUGAAGUUGGCAAGUACUGAACAGGACGAAGGAGUGAAACGAGAUACGCCAAGCAAAACUGACUACGAAAUUACUGAGCAGUUGUCAAUCGUCAGGCACUCACAAGAACCAGGUAUUGAGCGUCUUGAGGCAGUACAACAGAUUACUAUAACCAGUUCAGAACCCAACACACCGGAUUCUGCAAAAAAGCACAUCACGACGGAGGUAAUAUUGGGGGUUAAAGAGGGAGAAUCUCCCGAAAUGUCAGUUACUGCUAUCGCGGGUAAAGCUCCUGAACAGAUGACGCAAACACUCGAGCACUUGAGUCGUCGAACAAGUCCGGUACCAAAUGAACAGCUACCCGGAACAGAAAGAAUAGAUGCACAGUUAGAGGAAACGAGCUCAGGGAUAGAAAACCCGCCAAUGAGUGCGCUGGUUGGUGAACAAACGAACAGCAUGGACGACCUUAAAGCAAUAACGCUGCAAGAGGAACGUGAUCAGGAACAACUGGGACAGGUGGCUGAGGCAGAUGAACAGGCCGUCGGGAUGACAGUUGAAGCGCACCAAGAAGGGGCACUAAUUAGGGAAGACGUCACUGCCCCGUACGCAGCAGAAGGUAACAUACAACAAAGUGGACGGGGACUGAUUGCGGGUCUAAGAGAAAUGGACAUUCACGAUCCCAGAGGUACCGAACUAGAUGAACAGUACGCUCAAAUAGAGGCACAAAAAUUAGCAUCCUUUGGACAGACUGCUGCAAGUGGUGUCGGUGAAAAAGUGACCGAACUCGGUGGAUCGGUGUUGCACGAGCCGAUAUGGAAGCAAGGUGAAAUGCAAACAACUCAAACAACGGAUAUGAAGGCACAACAAGUGCUGGAAGAAUUGCUCGCCCAUGAAGGUGCAUCCCUUUCGGAUGAUACGACGAUCUACAUGGCUCGCCAAAUAGCUGACCUGUCGGAUCCAGUGCGAACAGAACUGACUGGAAGUGCGAAAGAAAGGCUGGAAAAAUUAGCUGGAUUGGAGGCAGAAGGGCAAAAGCUUGAUACGGUGGUGCACUUAGCAGAAGCGGUGGAUGCAGUCCUGCAGGAUACGAAAGAACGCAUUAUGCUGGAUUUACAAAAAGAGAUAUCCCAAAGCACUGCAGCACCGGAGAGAGUGACCGAUGAGAUUGAUACUACAGUCGUGCCCGGUAGCCAGACCGAGUGGAUACCGGAGAGGGGAAGGGAAGAACACAAGUACAUAGAGACAGCUGCCAUGUCCAUAGAGGGCAUGAUAAAUUUGACGAACGAAGAAAGACAAAAAAUGGUCGAAGAUGCCAAGGCUAGAUUGGCCUUAGCUGGAGAUGAAUUGCCAGCAGAGGACAGGAAGGAACUAGAGGCUAUUAUUCAUAUGGUGCAGCAGCUGAACGAUAUGGAUAAGAUGGAACGAAUCAAGCUUACAGCACAGCUAAGAGGCGAAAUAGAAUCCAAAGACGGAACUGAUCUACGGGCCCCAUACAUGUCGGAGAUCGGUGCUGCAGAAUCUGCCGAGGAAGCCGAAAGCCAAACCAAGCAGUUAGCUGAAUCAGCUGUGAGCCCAGCCGAAAAACUCCUGACUGAGCUGCUCCAAAUAGGCGGACCAAUUUUCGCGGAUGACACGAAGAUGAAAAUGGGUGAAGUCAUUACGCAGAUGGCAGAUACCACGCGUGCUGAAUUGUUGAUGAGUGUUAACCAAAAGCUGGCCGAUCCCCUGCUAAGCUUACCAGAUUUGUUAACGACGAAACUCUCUACCGUGGCGGAAUUGAUACAACGCGUAGACACAGCGAUGCUGGAAGCCAAAGAAGCCUUUGUGAAACAACUGAGAAGCGACGCAUCACAACACUCCAGCGUGACAACCCCCAAGGAGCUAGUUUCAGUCCCCAGUAAGGAAGAUACGGUGAAAGUAACUACGCCGAUCACUGAUUCAAUACAACCCGAUAAAGAACGCGAGAAACUAGAAUUACUAAAUCGCUUGCUGACGCUGACAGGUCGCGAACUCUUAGCAUUUAUCGACGAGACGACUAAGCGUUUAGAUGCGGAGAUUAGGAAGCAUUCGGACCUUGAAACAGAGAACAUGUGGGAUGGAUUAACUCUGGCAGAGCAGAUUGCGAAAAUGACACCAGAAGAAAGAGACUUACUAGCCGCCAAAACAAGAGAACAGUUAAAGCGAAAAAUAAGAUCCGAACCGUCUGACUUGACCGUCGAAACGGGGCUUGAUCUAACUGCACGAUCGAUGGAAAAACAAUCUUCAUCCCAUUAUAGUUCCGAACCAGUGGCCGAAGCAAAAAGGGGCGCCGGCGUUGUACCCACACCGCAGAGAGCCUCAGUAGAAAGACGAGCCCGAAGUGGACGGAUGCAAGACGAUUUGGACAGUCUAGAUCGACACUUUAGCAUCACAACGGGGAGGGGGCGCCGAGUUUCUCAUCGGCAGGACUCUCACCGUUUCACGCGAGCCGCAUCCCGGCGUUAUCAAAAGGCCCAACAAGUAGCUCGAAUCCUGGAUGCCAUGAUUCUCGAUACUAUUCAGUACGUGAAACGAAACAUCUCUUCCCGAAACGUCUAA